AUGGAACGCCUAUCCGUCGACACAUCGCGAUCCAGCAUCGACAAUAAGCGAAACACAAAACGAAAUGCUCUGCGGGAAUUCUACAAACUACAACAACCCGCCGCGGACCCGGACUCCUCCCUCAUAGCGUCGUCUGUCAUUUCUUCUGCGCGAACCAGCAUCUCGGAUAUCACCAGCGUCGUUGGAGAAGAGGAUUUCGAGGCGGAGGAGCGACGGUUGGAGGCCAAGUUUGAAGCCGGCAGUUUUGAUGCCGAGGAGAUUGCCCGUGACAUUCUGUCGUCUCGCGGCAGCGGGUCCCGUGUGCUCAAGGACCUGCUCAAGAAGGAAAACUCGCUGCUUCAGAGCAUCCGGGUACUGCAGUCGGAACAAAAGGCGCUUGUCUAUAACAAUUAUUCCCGUCUGAUUGCCGUGAGCGAGACUCUGGCUAAAAUGAAGGACGGCAACCUCGACAAGAAGACGGACGAGAUUUCCAUUGUGAUUGGCGACGAGCAAGAGACGGCCCAGCCGAUCGAAAAGACCCGCGCAAAGCUGCCGGGACUGAUCCAGGAGAUUUCCACGGCGUCUCGAGACCUCAAAAUGGACGGAGUGGGGGACAAGGUCGGGGCCAAACAGGUGGCUCAGUGGCUCCUUAACACGCCAAAGGAGGUGGAGCAAUUGGAGGGACAGGAGAGAGACAAGAGGAUAGAUGAAAGUCUCAAGGUACUGGAAUUGUGGAUGGAGAGGAGUCGAGUGGGGGGGUUGGAGGAGUUGAAGGGGAGGAUCGAAGGGUUGAGACACUAG